AUGGCCUCCUCAAGCCCAGCUCAACCAUCACAAGAGCCUUACAGGCCCAGUUUGUCUCCUUUGGCAGCCUCUCCAGGCCUGGAAGCUCCUCAAGUCGGCCGCUUCAGACCCGGCUACAGGCUCCCAGUGUCCUCUCCAGGCCCAGCAGCUGCCUGUGGGCAGCAUCUCCAGGCCCAGCCUCUACCACGCAGUGGGCCAUCUCCAGGCCCGCCUAUAGCCUCGCCGUGGCCCCCUCGGGCCAAGCUUCUGCCCUUCGGUGGGCUCUGCAGGCCCAGCUCCUGCCUCCCAGUGGCAUCCAUAGGGCAAGCUCAUGCCUCGAUGACAGCCUCUCCGGGCCCAGUUCUUCCUCCCAGCGGCCUCUGCAGGCCCAAGUUGCCCUCAAGUCGGCCUCUCUGGGGCCAGCUCCUGCCUCCCGGCAGCUUCUGCAGGCCCAACUCAUCGUCAAGCCGGCCUCCCCUGGCCCAGCUUUCAACUCUUGGCAGCCUCUCCAGGUGCACAACUUCCUCCCAUCAGCCUCUCCAGGCCCAGCUCCUCCUGCCUCCUGAUGGCCUGCCCAGCCUCCUGCCUCCCAAAGACCCGUAUACAGGCCCAGCCUCUGCCUCACAGCGGACUCUCCACGCCCAGGCCGCAGCCUCACUGUGGCCUCCCCAGUCCGAAGCUCCUGCCUUACCACAGCUUCGACAGGCCCCGCUCUUGCUUCCCUAUGGACUCCUCAGGCCCAGCUCACCCCUCACAAUGGCCUCUCCAGGCCCAGUUUGUCCCCUUUUGGUGGCCUCUCCAGGCACAGAAGCUCCUCAAGUUGGCCUCUCCAGGCCUGGCUGCAGCCUCCUGGCGACCACUGCAGGCCCAGCACUUCAUCCCGGCUGCUUAUACAGGCCCAACUCCUGCCUCACAGCAACCUCUUUGGACUCAGAUCCCACCCAGCUCCUGGCGGCCUUUGUAGGCCCAUAA